AUGCUGUACUACUACAUCACCUACGUGCUCGGGACGCACGGUGCCGAGCGGAGCGCCGUGAUCUUGGCCGCCGGCAUGGCCGCGGGCGGCACGGAGUCGGUGAUGAACGUGGUGUACAUGUGGCUGUUCAGCCGCGGCGACGGGCGCCAGGACACCAGCGGGCAGGCGGACAGGCGCCUCCUGUCGUUCGUCGUGGCCAUGCGGCUGCUGAACGCCGCCUUCACCGUCCUUGCCAUGCUCGUCCUCACCCCCUCGGUGUACGUGUUCUUGGCAUGGUGCGUCCUCUGCCGAGUCGGUCUCUCCGGGUUCACGUUCUGGAGGGUCUCCGCCCAGUGCUGGCUCGUGGACGAGGACACCCUGGUCACCCCUGGCGCGGAGCGGCGAGAGGCGCGGAUAUUGUCCUCCCUCUCGGCCGUCCAGAACGUGGCAGCCGCGGUUUGCGGCUCCCUCACCUUCUUGGGCCUUUCUCUGUAUGGCCUGAAGACUUGGAACUGCGAGGCGAUCUGCAAUGCUUCCGACGUGGAGGGCAUGGGGCAGUGCAUCACAGACUGCACGCGCGACAUGGUAGAUGGCCAGCCAGACGCGCUGAGGCUCUACAUCAGCGCAGUGAUCGGCCUCUGGGCGCCGCUGUGCGAGCUGCUCGUGGCGCUCCACACCUACAGGUUCCCGAUCAAGGGUGCUCGGCUGCGCCGGCUCUACGCCCGCGUGUCCGAGCGGCGCGGCGACGAGGCCGCGCAGCCCGCGGCCUGGACGCCGGGCGGCCCCCGGUGCAGCCGCAGGGAGGCCGCAGAGCAUUUCGCCAGCUCCAAGAUCGUGCUUCAGGUAGAGCAGCACCCCAAAGAGGGCCUGACAGCUUCAUCAUUGGUCCAGCUGGUGCACACGACAUCGAUCGUCGGUCUGUUCCCAGGGUCGAAAUCACACGCGGUCAUCUUCGACAUGAUUGAACACAGCAUGGCGAGCCGAAGUAUUGCGAGCUCGGUGGAGGCGUCCAGCCGCGCGAGCACACCAGGAGCAGUCUCGCUGAGCAGCAGCAGGAGCACUUCGAGGGCACUGGCCAGCGCCGCCCGCGCCGCUGCGGCCAUGCAGGCGCUGGGCCCGGAUCCGCACGGCCCGCGUGCCAGCACGGAGGCCUCCACGGCGGGGGCCGCGGAGGCCGCCCCGGCAGGCCGGCGGGAGUCCAGCGCGGGGGUGGCCACCGGCCAGCGGGGGCCCGGCGGUGCGGGGAGUUCCUGCGCCGACAAGGUGCAGGCGUGAGGGAGGUCCGCGUGGCCAGGCCACACGGCCCGAGCGGGCCAGGGCUGCCGGGAGGCCAGUGGCCCCUCGCCGCCACGGCGUCGUGGGCUUUGCCUCCGCGCCAGGCCACGCGCCUGCCCAUAUGCUUCGCGGGCUGGGCUGCUUUUUCUGUCCGAGCGCCUUCCAGAGUGUGCUGUGAGCGCCUCAUCUGGUCGCCCUCGCUCUUCCUUUUUCGAUCGUGCCAUGUCCCCCCCACCCACCCACGACGAGCCGAAGCUGAGCAUGCCAGGUUUACAGCGCCUGUCAGGCUUUCCGCAGUAGACCCCCACCAUGCGCCACAAAGUGCUACUGGUGGGUAUUCAAGGAAUUCGCAUGGAUGAACAGGUAAUUUUUGACGCUUCUGACGUCUCUCGUGCGUGGACUCUCGGGAACGCCGUCUCGCACGCUAGGGGCCUGAGACUAAACUCGGCGGACGGCGGGUCAAAGCGCCCGGCCGCGCGAGCGAGAGUUGUCUCCGCCCGCCGCACGCUGGCCGAACCCGCGCGGCUCCAUCAGGGCGAGCGAUGCCCUGCGGCAGGGGACUGCGCGGCGGGGCCGUCCGGGCUCGGAGCCGCUCCUCCGCCAUGGGGGGCGCCGCGGCACGCCCGGCCCGCGGCCGCCCCCCUCCCGCAGAGGAGCGCCGCGGCGGGGAAGCCGCCCGCGGCCUUGAGCCGACACCCCCCCCGCCAGCGAUCCUCCUCCUCCU